AGCAGGGCUGAGGAAGGCAAGGAAAGCUCCGGCAACCGAGAUCCUUCUGCAGCAACUCCAGUCAUGGAGGAUUUCAGCAAAGGUGAUGUCCACAAACAGAACGGCCCAUUGCAGGUGGAUGAAGAGACGGAGACCAAAGGCGGCCUCCUAAGGCAGGAGACCCCCUGCAAGGAGCCUGCUCCGGGUGAGUGGUGUCCCAAGGCCAUCCGGAGAACCAAGAAGCCAGACCAGCAGAUCUACCAGCCUGGGAAACGCCUGCAUUCACUUGCCAAAGAAUCGGCCCUCCAGCCGGCUAAUGAAGACAUUGUCACUAAGAUGCAGCAGCUGAAAGUUGAGGGAGAUGAAGAGACUGAGAAAGCAGCUGGAAAAGACAACAUCAGGAGAAGCAAAUCAAGCAGAGGGGAUAGAGAGGGAAGCCUGACAGGGGAAGGAGUGAAAGCUGUAAAGGGAGAGAAAGGAAGACGGAUGGACCGAAGCGACAGGAUGAGGAGAGCGAGCGAGGAGCUGCUGCAGGGCAAGCUGAGCUCUACGAAGCGCUACUCGCGCUCCGACAAGCGCCGGAGCCGCUACCGCACGUGCAGCACGAGCUCCGCGGGCAGCAACAACAGCGCGGACGGAGCCCCGCUCGUGGACGGCGUGGAGCGGCGGCAGGAGUGCGCCAGGGAGCGGGCGCGCGCCAGGAAGCAGCUCUCCGCCUCCUCCACCGACUCCCUGGACGACGACAGGCUCGACGAGGCAGAGGCCUACGGCUCUAGCAGGAAUUCGGAGAGGAAGAAGCGCUCGGAGCAGAGUUGGGGCUCUAGGAGCGAGAGCGAGUGGAGCAGCAACGGCAGGGAAGCCAAGGGAGCCUUUCGUGUCACCUUCGACAACAAGGCUGUAAACAGAGACACGGGCCUGUCGGAAAUGGAGAAAAAAAAGCCCCAGAAGGCGUUUGUUAGUUGUAAGGACUCGGAGACUUUGGAAGCGAGAGGCCAGAGCAGAGAGCCGCAAGGCCGGGGCCGGGGGAUUCUGUUCCUGCCGGCCAACACGGACCUCUCAGCGAGCGCCGCCGGCUCCCCCGACACUGCUCACCCGGGCCCCCGGCUCCUGCUUGCCGGUGCUGGGGGAAAAGGGCCCCGGAGCCGGGGCCGCGGCGGCGCUGCCCGCAGGCUCUGGGACCCCAACAACCCGGAGCAGAAGCCGGCGCUCAAGAGCCCCAGCGCGCAGCUCCACUUCCUGGACACGGACGAUGAAGUGAGCCCCACGUCGUGGGGGGAGGCCCGCCAGGCCCAGACAUCCUACUAUAAGUUCCAAAACUCUGACAACCCCUACUAUUACCCCCGGGCCGCCGGCCAAGGCCCCCAGUAUCCUUACGGCGGGUACUCCCUGCAGUAUCCCAUGGGCCCAAGCAAUGGGGUGUACCCGGGAGCCUACUACCCUGGCUAUCCCAGCCAGGCCGGGCAGUUCAUCUGCAGCCCGCUCCCUCCGGCUCCCCUGAGUGCUGAGAUGGAGCAGCAGAUGCGGAACAUGCAGCAGCAGGAGCUCAGCAAACUCCUCCGCGAGGCUGCCAACCAGGAGCAGCAGCUCAGCAACCUGCUUUCCCGGGACCGCAUCAGCCCCGAGGGGCUGGAGAAGAUGGCCCAGCUGAGGGUGGAGAUGCUGCAGUUGUACGAACGGUGCCUCCUGAUGGAUAUCGAGUUCUCCGAUACCCAGAACGUGGACCAGCUGCUGUGGAAAAACGCCUUCUACCAGGUGAUCGAGAAGUUCCGGCAGCUGCUCAAGGACCCGCUGGGGGAAAAUGGGCAAGAAAUCCGUAACAAACUGCUCCAGCUUCUGGAUGAGGGCACAUCUUUUUUCGAUGGCCUGCUGCAGAAGCUGCAGGUGUCAUACCAGUUCAAGGUGGAGGACUACAUGGAUGGCAUGGUCCUCCGCACUAAACCCCUGCGAAAAAUGGUGAAGUACGCGCUCAUCAGUGCCCAGAGGUGCAUGAUUUGUCAGGGGGACAUUUGCCGCUACAGAGAGCAAGCGAACGACACGGCCAACUACGGGAAAGCACGCAGCUGGUACCUGAAGGCUCAGCAAAUUGCUCCCAAGAACGGCCGACCCUACAACCAGCUGGCCCUGCUGGCCAUCUACACGAGGAGAAAACUGGAUGCCGUCUAUUACUACAUGCGCAGUCUGGCUGCUAGCAACCCCAUCCUCACGGCCAAGGAGAGCCUCAUGAGUCUGUUUGAAGAGACAAAACGCAAGGCUGAGCAGCUGGAGCAGAAGAAGCAUCAGGUGCUGGAGCUGAGCCCCAGCUGCCGGGGAAAGGGCAAGAAGUCCACGUUCCGACAAGUCGGAGAUGAUGCCACGCGGCUGGAGAUCUGGAUUCAUCCCUCCCACCCCCGCUCCUCCCAGGGCCACGAGUCCGGCCGGGAUUCUGAGCAGGACAACGGUCUUGGGAACCUCAGCCCCAGCGACCUGAACAAAAGGUUCAUCCUCAGUUUUCUCCAUGCCCAUGGGAAGCUGUUUACCAGGAUUGGGAUGGAGACGUUCCCCGCCGUGGCCGCCGAGGUGCUGAGGGAGUUCCAGGUCCUGCUGCGGCACAGCCCGCCGCCCAUCGGAAGCAGCCGCAUGCUCCAGCUCGUGGCCAUCAACAUGUUUGCAGUGCACAACUCCCAGCCCCGAGAGUGUGUCUCUGAAGACUGUCGCUCUGUCAUCCAGGAACAGGCCACGGCCCUGGGGCUCUCCAUGUUCUCGCUGUUGGUGAAGAGGUGCACGAGCUUGCUGAGGGAGUGCGCACAAGCUCAGCCACAAGAGAUGGAGCAGGAGGAUGAGGAAGAUGAUAUCAAGGUCUCUGCCUUGCCUCAGGACCUGAAGGAACUGCUCCCCAGCGUGAAGGUCUGGUCAGACUGGAUGCUUGGCCACCCAGACACCUGGAAUCCUCCUCCUACGUCUCUCGAGCUUCCCAAACAGGUCUCGGAGGACGUGUGGGCGACGCUGGCCGACUUCUGCAACGUCCUGACCAUGGUGAAUCAGUCGGAGGUGCCCUUGUACAAGGACCCCGACGAGGACCUGGCCCUGCUCAGCCUCGAAGAGGACCGGCUGCUCUCGGGCUUCGUCCCGCUGCUCGUCGCCCCUCAGGAGCCCUGCUACGUGGAGAGGACCUCGGACAAGGUCAGCACCAUCACCCUGGACUGAACAAGGUCCUGCUCCCGGCUGGGACAC